UUUCUUUACCUAUCGCCCAAAAAUCUCAAAAGCUCUUUACUUUUCUCUGCGGUUCUUUGCUUGUUUGAUGGAUUAAAUCUCAGCAGUUGCAAUGGCGGGAAAGGGAGAGGGGCCAGCGAUCGGUAUAGAUCUCGGAACUACUUACUCGUGCGUCGGUGUUUGGCAACACGACCGCGUCGAGAUCAUCGUUAAUGAUCAGAGUAACCGCACGACGCCGUCUUACGUGGCGUUUACUGAUACGGAGAUGCUGAUCGGCGAUGCGGCCAAGAACCAGGUCGCCGUGAACCCCGUCAACACCGUCCUGGGUAAGAAUCGAGAUACUUUCUUUUUCUUGACGGAAACAAGCUUGCUGAGGCUGACGAGUUUGAGGAAAAGAAGAAGGAGCUGGAGAGCAUCUGCAAUUCGAUCAGUGCCGAGAUGUACCAGGGAACAGGGUGCUGGGGGAACUUUCCUCCUGCUGCUGGCAGCGGUGCUGGUCCCAAUAUUAUUAUCGAAGAAGUUGAGUAAGCGGUUUUUGUUGAUCCAAAGUGUUUGCUUUGAAGAAAGUGGUGAACGUAUUUUUCUGUUUCUUAGUUUAAGGUUUGGAAUUGGGUACUUUUUUAUGGGAUUCUAAAAUCCAAGAUGUAGGAUGUUUGGUGAUUUUGGUCAUUUUGUUCAAUAUCGUAUUCCGGUAUUUUGCCAAAGAAGCCUUUUUUUUUUUUACAAAAUUCUCUCAGAUUUCCUGUUUGAAUUUUGUCUUUAUUGUUCUUU